GCGGUGCGCGCGCGAAUCGCUGUCACAGCGAAACGUCAACCCGCGUAGAAAAUAAUUGUCAAUGACCAGUUGAAUAUACUCACGAGUAAUUCCUCAAUUCUAAAGAGACAUAUUAUUUAAUUAAUAUUAGUACGUAAAUAAAUGUGGUUGCUAUAAUUAUAAUAAUCCGAAUUGGGUGAAUAAUAAAAAUGGAAGUGGCACAAGCACCGCUGCAACUUACGCAAACAGAACAUCCGGACACUAGAAUAGCUGGCGAAGAAAGUACAUCACCACUUCGCUGGUCACCACCAACAUCCGCUGCAUUGGUAGCGGCCGCUUUAGCACCGCCAGCGCUUAGGCCAUGGCUGCCUGAUCCACCUACAAAGAAGACCAAUCACUUGGGUUUAGUGUGUGUUGUAUGCGGCGAUACAAGCUCUGGAAAGCACUACGGCAUCCUCGCAUGCAACGGAUGCAGCGGCUUCUUCAAGAGGUCCGUCAGACGGAAACUCAUUUACAGAUGCCAAGCGGGAACCGGUCGCUGUGUAGUUGACAAAGCUCAUAGAAACCAGUGCCAAGCUUGCAGACUGAAGAAGUGUCUCGCAAUGGGAAUGAACAAAGAUGCUGUUCAAAACGAGCGUCAACCACGCAACACAGCCACCAUCAGACCUGAAACCUUGAGAGACAUGGACCAGGAGAGAGCUCUGCGUGAAGCCGCCGUCGCUGUUGGUGUAUUUGGCCCUCCAGUAUCGCUGGCAAUGGCACUAUCGCCAGUGCGGUACCCACUUCUAUCUCCCCAUUACCCAGCCUUGCCCCCACCGCCACCUAUUCAGCCAGACUCCGUUCAUGACACUCAUGAUGAAGGAAACGCUCACACUGAUAGUGAUGAUGACAGCAUUGAUGUGACAAAUGAAGAGGAUUCUACGUCAUACUCUCCCCCAGCUAUAAGCUACCCACAAAAUUGCAUGGCUUAUGGCGCCCUGGGUGUAGAGAGCGCUGCGGAGACGGCAGCUCGUCUCCUCUUCAUGGCUGUUAAGUGGGCGAAGAACUUGCCGUCAUUCGCCAGUCUCUCAUUCAGAGAUCAGGUUAUCUUAUUAGAAGAAGCAUGGUCCGAGUUAUUUCUUCUAAACGCUAUACAAUGGUGUCUACCAUUGGACGCGGCCGCUGCGGCCUUAUUUGGAACCGAACAGACUGAUCAAGACAGCGGUAUUAGUUCUUCAACCCGUCGUCGCUUGAGGGAAGUGCUUUGUCGGUACCGCGCUGUUCUCCUGGAUCCAGCUGAAUUCGCUUGUAUGAAGGCUAUUGUGCUUUUCAAAUGCGAAACACGAGGUCUCAAAGACCCUUUACAAAUCGAGAACCUUCAAGACCAGGCCCAAGUGAUGCUAAUGUCUCACACGCGAAAUGCUCAUGGGGCUGCCCCUGCCCGUUUCGGUAGACUCCUCUUACUCCUGCCCCUUCUGAGAUCUGUCACUCCUAUGCAGUUGGAAAGAGAGUUCUUCUCUAAGACUAUCGGCCAGACGCCAAUGGAGAAGGUUUUGGCUGAUAUGUAUAAGAAUUAAGCUUUUAAGGCAGGGUUACUCUGUAAAUGUACAGCGAUAUUACUCUUAUUAGAUAUUCAUGCUAUGAUCGCUGUAUUGUGUUUUAAUCUGUGGUAGACAAAAAACUAAAUUUUCUUUUUUAUUUUAACCAGGAUUAAUUUAUUAUGUGAUUAUUUAAUAUUUUAAUAUGAGAGCGGAGAAAAUUGUAUAAGAAUUUCGUACGCACUUGCUUAGACAUGUACACUCUAGUCAUUUUAUGAAUAUGUAAAUAUUAAAUAUUAGAUUCAAAACGAAUUAAUGGCCUCGUAAGGUAAUAUUUGUAAAUAUGUAGUAUGUAGCACUCAAUGUGGCGUGAGCACAAAAACUAUCAAAUUCUCCCAAAAUAUUCGGUCAGUCUUAAUUCAUAUUAAGACUCCGUGUUCCAUUAUCUAUAAUUCUAAGGUUAAGAUUCAGAGUCGAGACUUAACUGUCACUACGGUAUGUCAAAACGUAUUUUGACAGAUAUCAUAAACUAAAAAAUAAAUAACUCAAAUAGAGUGUAAUCCAGACUAUGGUGCUGAUCUGUCAAAAAACAAUAAAUUUUUGACGUAACGGAGACAGACAUUACUCGUUUCUGAAUGUUCCUACAGUUCGCGCUAUGUCUCACUUCUGAUGGUGUCCUUUCUACUAGGAUUGAGUGAAUAUCCGAAAUGAUCGGAAUGUUGUGUGAUACCUGUUAGUUAGAAAAAAAAUUGAAUUUUAAUUUGUCACGUUUGAGAAUCAAAGAGAAAAUCGUAUUACGAAGGUUCUGGUAAAUUUUUGUGCUCACUGAUACGAACAAACUUACAUUACCUACUAAAUAGAAUGAUAGUUGUAAUAUGCUUUUAUUAUAGCGCCACCUGUCAAACAAUUUGUAGUUGAAGUACUAUGAGUUAUAACUAGAAGGCGCUUAUUGCAAAUUUAAAUGGUAAAGAUUGUCAAAGUUUUCUCUAUUCAUAUAAGCCAAUAAAUUUUACAAUAUGCCCACAGAUCGAGUAAAGGUUUAUGCCUUUGAAUUUUCAUGUUUCAUGAGUCAGUUGUAAAUAUUAAAGAAUAAAUUAAAUUUACGUAUUUGUAAAUAAACUUGCAUUUGUACUUGGUAACUUGUUCCUUCGUAUAUAUUAUUAUAAAUGUUGUAAAAAGCCUAAAUAAUAAAUGUUAGCUUAAUUUGUGUAUUAAGUAUAAAUACUAGUGAAUGUGCUUAUAAUAUAUCGAUUGUUUUCUUUCAUUAUAACAUUAUCAUAGCCGUGUGUUUACUGCCAUUAACCAAAAUGUUCAUGAUUAAAUGUAAUUUGAUGUUCA